AUGUGCGCCACAAAGUGCCCCAAGAAAGUCACACCGGCCGCCUCCAGAGGCGGCCACCUCCAACCGCCACAGCAACAAAUCCACCAGAGGAGUCUCCUUACCAAACGCAAUUUCCUACAAAACCCUUCGACUCCACAAAAGUACUGUAUCAGUCAACUUGAUCUCUUGCGGCCAGUCAAAACGAAGGCAGAGACCAUUUCGCUCUAUACUGAGUGGGCAAAUCACUACCUGGAAAAGGCGGGCUACGCGUGCUUCGUCAGGGACCUCCAAAACGACCUCAGAGACGGCAAGAUGCUAAUCAGCCUCACGCACGCAUCUGGAAGCACGGGCAGCGGUCGUCACCAGUGCUGGGACGACCGUGGGAGUUCGCAGCGAGAGGUCGUCGAGGCUUGCUUGAAAGUGCUGGAGGAGAUCGGAGUCGAUAUGCAGGAUGUGACUGCCGAUGGCAUUGUAAAUGGCCGUCUUAAGUGCAUCCUCGGGCUUUUCUUCAACUUGUCAAAGUUCAAACAGAAGAUGCGCCAAUGCUCGCAGCCAAAGCUGUCCUACCGGCUUCCACUCGUACACACCCACCACCACCACCACAAGCAGGGGAACGCGGCCUCCGUCGCCCCUGCCUCCUUGGACAGCCCCGACGGCGACAAACGCUACGUCACACCUCCUAGUUCGGUGCAGAGUAGCGUUCUGCAACCAUACAAUGACCUGCAGCCAUCUAGACCUGUCAGUGAUCAUCUGGUUAUGAACAAAUCCACCGAUUCUACAAGCCGUCUCCCUGUGUUUGGGAUGAAAAAAGGAAAAAAUUGCUCAAUCCUGCCAACAACCGGUGCAACUGACCCAAGAGGCCCUUCAAGGAAGGAGAGUACUGGGGAGGAGUCCACAAUUUCCUCGCUCCUCUGUCCGCGCGUCAAUCCACCCAGGUCGAUCAGGUCACAGAAGCCGGUCAAGAACCUUCAAACCCAACGCACGCACCCUCAAGACACUCAAGGAUCUCCAAUUGGCAAUCAGCCAAUGCUUGGAGGAGAUUUGCGAUGCGCCGUCUCGUCACUGCCGAAGGCCGGACAAAAGCCGCCCAAGUCCGGCUUCAGCGUCAACGGAGGUCACGCGACAGAAGCCAACGGCAUCAGACGAGGCCGUCCCAGCAACUUGCCGCAUUUCUCAAACGAUGUGAGUUCUGGUCGUUAUCACUACUUGGCAUGCCUUAACUCAGUGCAGUUGAAAACGGAUUGA